CACACAAGUGCAACCGUCGCGACGCUUGAGCGAUAUGGCCGACGUACUGGACGAGCACGCGGUGGCUCUGCAGGUCAUUUUCCUGGAUGCGAUUGGCGUCGGCUCCGUGCGCGUGAACCCGCGGACGCAGCCGCGUCACUACGCCCAGCGCGCAGGGCACCGACUGAGCUUUCAGGGCUUCCUCCAGCUCCUUCAUCGGUACCGCAUCUGCCCCGACUUGAUCUCGCGGCCACAAGUGUUGCGCCUCUACGCACCCCACGGCCCCAGCAAUAAGAAGAGCGAAAUGGACUACAUUGGUUUUUUAGCAACGCUAGGGAAGGCCGCGCAGCUUAUUUUCUCGGGGCCGGAGUGGGAUGACCAGUAUCCGAACGACAACGACAAGGUCCGGUUGCUUUUAUUGUGGAUGGACGAAAACAGUGCCGUGUUCAAAAACAAUGGACGAUGUCUCUGCGACGCCAAAAAGCAGCGCGACGCACGCGGCAUUCCGACGAACGACGCUGUCUCGUUCACUGAAGACAUGGACCUACUGGCCCACGUCGAACAGCUCGCACCCGAGCUCGAGCGUCUCUUUCAACUCUAUUGCACACGAGGCCACUCUAGCAUGAGCAAUCUCUCCUUCGUGCACUGUUUGCGCGACCUCGGACUCUGCGAGGCGGGCAGCCCACGCCAUCUCUCGACUGUCGAUAUGGACAUCAUCUUUCGACAAAUGAGGUGUGCGCAGAGCAGCGACAUGGGCGCCUCGUCCCACACGGUCAGUUUUGCCGCCUUUCACGCGGGCCUUGGCCUUGUGGCGGCUCGAGUCUACGAGCACGUGAACCCACCGCGGUGUCGGUUUCUCUCUCUUGCGCUCGAGUACAUCCUCCCAGCGCUGGUCCAAGCCGACGUCGCGUCGUCCUGCGACUCGAACGCGUGGCGUCAGCGGUGGCAAAAACUCUGCGUGUUGCGCGAGGCGUUGCUCUCUGCCCACGCGCGAAAAGGUCCGAGCGUACGAUUGCCGCCCCCGUCCGACGAAGUGCACGUGAUCUCGGAGCUUGGAGCGCUCCAGGAGCUGCUUAUGUCCAAGCUGAGCGAGCUUCCGCCAAGCACGACACCACCUUCGCUCACCCACAUAACCACGCACACGGAGGCACUCGAGGGUGCUCUGGAGCGUCUUGCGUGCAGCGUUCAUGCACGCGUUGUUUCCUCUAAAAGUACACGGCCACCAAACACGCUCUAAUGUCGGUAUUCUUAAGAACCUAUCCUUUCAUAUCCGG